AUGCCGCGCUGGACCUUCUACCUAUCUCCCAACACCCUCACCCAAGAGGAAAAAGGAAUCAUCGCAAGAAAAGUAACCGAUCUUUACAUCGGUCUCGGCAUCCCCGCCUUCUGGAUCAACGUCUUCUUCCACGAGGUCGGCGAGGGCAAUUUCUACAGCGGGGGGGAAUAUCCUCCGAAUGCCGUGUUCUUCCAUAUGGAUCACGCAGCCCGCAAGAUUGCUUCUGAGGAAGUUCGAGACGAGUUCAUUAGGAAGGUCAAUGAUAUUGUGAGACCGAUUUUGGACCCUAAGGGGAUUAAAUGGGAGUAUAAUAUCUAUGAGCAUCCGAGAGAUAAUUGGAGAAUUAAUGGCAUGAUUCCUCCUAUGGAUCAUCCUGAGGUUUUGGAGGAGUGGAGGGAGAGGAAUGCGCCGGUUGUUUAUGAGGGGGCGUAUAAGUGA